AUGAUAUAUAAGCUGUCGCGACUUCGUGCGCGUGCGGUUCAAACCGCACGCAAGCAUCGUGUGCGCUGUAUCGAGUUUCCACCUGAGCAAGAUACGUGGAAACCGCGUUCGUCCCUUCUUCAGGACAUUUCAGACGUCGUUCGGGCAUGUGAGUCCGUGGAAACGCCCAAUCUUGAUGCGUCCGACAUCUUAUGUGCUUUCGUGGUGAACGAGACAAUAGACUACGGCGUCGUGGUGAAGUGUCACCACGACGACGAAACUAAGAGUGAUGACGAUGUCGUGGUGAUAUUCCACCACGACCACGAGAACGAGAGUGUCGUCGUGAUGAACGUGCUUCACCACAACUACGAGAACGAGAGCGUUGUGGCGAACGUGUAUCACCACGACCAUGAGAACGAAAUCGUCGUGGUAGAUUUGCAUCACGACCAGAAGAACGAGAGCGUCGUGAUAGAUCCACAUCACGACCACGUGAACGGGAGUGGUGUCGCCGUAUCGACGCGCCACGAAUAA